GAACAACCACAAGGCUGGCGUUUGUGAAGCCUUUCAAGAGUUCCCCGACCUCGAGGAUCAACUAAGUUUUACUUGGUGAUAUUGGCGUACCGCCACGAGAUCUACCACAAAACUUUAUACCAUCUCUCCGCCUCAGACUACCGCACGCUUCCGUUACUGCGGACUGAAUCCCGCAAUCAUACAACCUUUGCUUUCGGAGCACAUGACGUCCGUGGUAUAACUACAGACAACCUGGGAUAGCUUCACAGCCUGAUCGUCGGACCCUGGCCAGCCAUGUUAGACCUUCACGUAUGGGGCUCCGCCUUUGGCCUCCCGUCCAUUGACCCCGAGUGCCUUGCUAUCAUCACAUACCUGCAUAGCAGCCUCCCUGUAUCAGCCUGGCGCCUGAUUCCAAGCAACGAUCCUUCCAUCAGCCCGCGUAAUACACUACCAGCAUUGUAUGAUGAGGGCGUAUGGGUAUCAGGCUUCGGUCCUAUUGUCGAGUACUUGACUGACAAGUCCAUCGGUGACAAUCUGGAUGCUGGCCUGACCGACAUUCAGCAGGCUGACCGUAUUGCAUAUGCUGCCUUCUUGUCUGCGCACGCUGCUCCAUUGCUGGAUCUUUCACUCUAUGUCUCCGCUGCCAACUGGUCAGCCACAACUCGGCCCGCCUUCAGCACUCUAUUAUCCUUCCCAUUGACAUGGACAGUUCCGCCACUGCUCCGUGCCGAGGCUGUUAAACGUGUUGAGCACCUGGGCUUUGCUGAUAUGGAUACCGACUUUGACCCUAAUGGCGGCCUUCACCUAUCCUCCGGAAGAGAUGCUUUACCAGAGACAUUCCGAAGGCACAUUCCUGUGAGGACAAAGAAGACGAUUCAUGAAGAAAUGACCCCUGAACAAGCAGUUCUUAUAAGGUUAUAUGGAAUCACAGAAGACUGUCUCACUGUGUUAGAUGAUUUCCUUGAGGGAGGGCCCGAGGAGAAGAUGCAUGGUUUCUUCAACGGUACAGAAAUCUCAUCUUUGGACUGCUUAGCCUUUGGCUAUCUCGCCUUGAUGCGUGAUGCUCCCGUACCAAGAUCUUUCUUAAAAGAUUGGCUCAUGAAGAAGACACCUCGGUUGUCCACGUUUGUUGACGGUAUGAAGACAAGAUGUCUGGACAAGUCCAAACUCUUGCCGUUGGUUGAGCCUGGUAAUAACACCGUAUUACGCAUUGGAAGCCGAACUCUUGACAGCAUCCUUCACAACGUUCCUGGUCUGGGUGAUGAGUAUGCGACCGAAGUGCGAAGACGUGCUGAAGGAGGUAUCACUGGCAUUGAUGCCAGAUCCCUCAUGUUGGCAUUGAGUCUCCUUGCCACAGGUGCAGCUCUUGGCUAUGGCUACCACACAUACAAGGCACUACAGCCAUUUGGAUCACGGAUACAAGUGUGGUAUUCACACAAAAACUAUUCGAAACUCAGCGAGUUUGGUGCGCUGGGCUCCAUGUUGGGCAGUGUAUUAGGAGGACCAGUGGAAGCACCUAGACCAUCUCAUCCGUCAAACCAGGCUCGGUUCGUCGAGACCGAUACAGACGUGGACUAGGAAUGAUGAUAACGAUGUAAAAUUAUUGUACAUUUAUGUAAUAGACAAACCACUUCCAAAUACCCUCUGUCAGAGGGAUAACCCCAAAGGAUGUUCCCU